CGGAGGUGCCCAGAGCGCUGGCCGACCCCCGCCGGGCCACUAUGAGUAGGCAGGCGGGCGGGCGCGCACGUACGCACGCACGCACACUUCUGCCCUCGCUCGCCUCGUUCCCCGGCUACCAGGCGCGCGGUCACGUGGGCCCAUCGCGGGGCGGCCGGCGCGGGAAGCCGCGCGAGAGCGGGCUGUGGGGUGCGUGAGCCGGCGCCGCCGCGUGACGUGCGCGGCGCGGGAGCCGCCCCUCCCGCACGGAGGAGCCGGCUGGCCGCCGCGGCGGCGUCUGGAGCCGCAAUGGACACAGGGAGCCAUAGCCUUGUUCUCCUGCAGCAGCUGAACAUGCAGCGAGAGUUCGGUUUUCUGUGUGACUGCACAGUUGCUAUUGGAGAUGUUUACUUCAAAGCCCACAGAGCAGUGCUUGCUGCUUUCUCUAACUAUUUCAAGAUGAUAUUUAUUCACCAAACAAGCGAAUGCAUAAAGAUACAACCAACGGAUAUCCAGCCUGACAUAUUCAGCUAUUUGCUGCACAUUAUGUACACAGGGAAAGGGCCAAAACAGAUUGUGGAUCACAGUCGUCUGGAGGAAGGUAUUCGAUUUCUUCAUGCCGACUACCUUUCUCACAUUGCCACUGAAAUGAAUCAAGUGUUCUCACCAGAGACUGUGCAGUCCUCAAAUCUGUACGGCAUUCAGAUCUCAACAGCCCAGAAAACAGCUGUCAAACCAGGACUGGAGGUCAAAGAAGCUCCAUCCGGUACCAGUGGCAGUAGGGCUGCCAUGCCAGCUGACCCCCCGCAGCUGCAGCUCUCUCUCGCCAUCGGGCUGGAUGAUGGCACUGUGGAUCCGCAGAGGGCACGUCCUGCCGCCCAGGCUGUGGAGGAGCGCCAGAAGCCCCCAGCGUCCAUCAAGCAGGAGAGAUGUGACCCUGAGUCUGUGAUCUCCCAGAGCCAUCCUUCACCCUCAGCAGAGGGGACAGGCCCCACUUUCACCGAAAGCAGUAUCAAAAUACACUUAUGCCAUUACUGUGGCGAACGCUUUGAUUCCCGCGGUAACCUAAGGCAGCACCUCCACACCCACGUGUCUGGAUCCCUCCCAUUCGGUGUCCCUGCUUCCAUUCUGGAAAGCAAUGACCUUGGCGAAGUGCAUCCACUUAAUGAAAACAGUGAGGCUCCUGAAUGCCACAGGGUAGGCUCUUUCAUUGUUAAGGAGAACGAGCAGCAGCCUGACCACCCGAACCAGGGUACCACCGAGCCUCUGCAGAUCAGCCAAGUGUCUUUGAUCUCCAAAGACACGGAGCCAGUAGAAUUAAACUGUAAUUUUUCUUUUUCAAGGAAAAGAAAGGUCAGCUGUUCCAUCUGUGGUCAUAAAUUUCUCCGAAAAAGCCAACUGCUGGAACACAUGUAUAUACACAAAGGUAAAUCUUCCAGAUAUAACCGAUGCCAAAGGUUCGGUAACGCGGUAGCCCAGAGAUUUCAGCCGUACUGUGACAGCUGGUCCGAUGUGCCCCUGAGAAGUUCUUGCUUGUCGCAAGAACAGUUAGAUUCCUCCUGUGCCUUAGAGUCAGAGCUCACACAAGAAAGUGUGGACACUAUCCUUGUGGAGUAGCCGUUUCUCCUUCAUCAUUUUUAUAUCAGUUCUGAAAAAGAAAACUCACGUGCAUUUUUUGAUUCAUAAACUAUUUUCCUCCUCCA